GUGCACCACGUUGAAACGGCCGCGCCAUUUCAGCUGGGCAGCGAGUCGCCGAAACCUUCGCCCAAUAUGUCGCUGGACGAUAGCACCGUGGACCCCGAGAUGCUGCACGAGGAGCCGACGGCGGCCACGGAAGCACCGGAAACGGAGGCCGUCGCGGCGGUCACGGAGUCGGUGAAACACUUGGAGCAGAGAAGCAGUGCUCGGAUGUGUCGGCUGAUCUUCGAGGAGUGGUGUCAGCACGUGGCGGGACGCAAGAAAGCGCCCCAGGAGUUGCGGUCCAUCAUGGAUUCCCUGGACUCAGGCAGUGAAAGCUUGGUGAGCAUGGAGGAUGGAGAAGCCGUUGAAGGAAAUCCCACUGGCGACUUGGUGCGUUAG